ACCAGAAGCUCCUGUCAAUCAAGCACCGCAGCUCAGCACGGAAGAGUCAAGUUCAGCAUCGAAGUCUCCGCGUUUAAACCCUGAAAUCAGCCUUAACCAGUGGACACUGAGGAUUUUGUGUCUGUAUGGUACUGCUGAGUGGAUACUGGAUACUUGUCUUCAGCAACAGGCAAUGGCUGACAGAGGCCAUGGCAGAGCAGACAAAGAUGAGCUUCUUUACCCAGAUCUUCACAGCAGUGUGUCUGGACUGGACUCUCCUCCUCUCAAACUGGACCACUGUGACCUUCUCCUAGAUGCUAUUGAUGCUCAGCUUGGUCAGCUGCAGGUCCAGCCCCAGAAACAUCAGGCAAUUUCUAGAGAGCAUGAUUGCAGUGAUGCAGCUCCUCUCAACUGGAGUCAAUCUCUGAGCAAAGACACAGGGCUUGGGAGUACUACUCAAACAAAUGACAUUCCUAUUUCUUGUCUUGAUUUGAUAAACACUCUGACAAUGGAGCAAACAUCAGAGAGUAGCACAGGUUGCCAGGACGGUCCCAUUACUCAUGAGGAAAAUAAACUGAAAUUGGACAGAAGGACAAGAGACAAAGAGGAAAUAGAGACUCAGAGGGAGCAGGUGAUGUGGAGGCUCCAGAGGCUGCUUGGAGAAACCUGUAACGAGGGAAGCAUGACAGGAGUAACCCACCCUCCUUCAGACAGCAUCUGCACUGAGGACUUUGUCCGAUGCUUCAGAGAUGAAAUGGUUGAAUUGGCAUUGCCAGUGAAUAAUGUGCAGCAACUUGACAAAGAGGAAGAGGCUGAGAGGACAGAGAUACUUGACUGUGACACUUGCCAGAGUGAACAAAAAGGACACUGUAUUCUUAAUGUCGACAGAAGAGGAACAGCAAUGACUGGGGAAAGCAACAAAGACACAGAGACGGCUCACUAUUGUCAAAGAAAGGAACUGGAGAAAUGUCUUUAUGACGGCUAUGGAGUUAAUACAUCAUGUAGUGAGCAAGCAGGAGCUGGAGAGACAUACAACACACCACAGAGGCUUGGUGAUGAUGGCAGUAGCAUCCACAGAACAGAGAUUGUAACAGAACAUGAAACCCUGUGGCAGAACAGCCGUUCUCCUAAGACCAGGAGCUUGGCAGGAGUACCUGUGUGGAGUUUUGACACCGUGUCCAUUGACAGUGACCUUGACUCAGUCUGCACAGAGCAAGUCAGGCAGCAUAUUCACAGGCAAACAGGAUGGCGCUCUCUCACUCUGUCUGUCACGGGCAUGGAUGACUACUGUACCAACCAGAGUGACAACGACACACCCACACAGGAAGAAAGUGAACCUCAAUCUACAUCAGGCCAAAGAUCCUCUUAUGGAAAUGUACAUAACAGAAGUCCUUCUGUCAGUAAAGCACAGCGCAACAAGAGAGAAACUUACAGACUUGUGUGUUCUUUGGAGGAAAAUGACAAUGACACAGAUGAGGAAAUGAAUCACUGGCCUGAGAGGACAUCAGAUAAGAUGCACUCUGAUUGGGCGAAGAUGAAAGAGCGGCUCUCUACACUCCGACAAAAAUGUGAAAAGGAGGAGCAGACACUACAGAACAAGAAGACUCAGUUAAAAGAUGUUGAGCUCUGCCUCUCUGAACUUCAACACAGAAGAAAGCAUGCCUUGCAGGAAUUAGAGCAACUGACUGUAGAGACAGCAAAGAUGGAGAAGGAGAGGAGGACUCUGGAGUUUGUUCUGAGAGACAGAAGGGCAGGGAAAGACUCUAGUUGCCAGCUGCAUGAGCUGCAGAGGCAGAGAGCGUCCUGUAUCCUCGAGAUGAGAGACAUGAAAGAAGAACUCGCAACUCUGAGUCAAAGUAAACAGACUCUUAAGGAUUCGGCCUUCACGGAGAGGCCCAGUGUCGUCAUGUCAGUGCUGGAGAGAGAGGAGAUGGAAAGACAGCUGGAUAAUGCCAAAACAGAACUGUUUGCUGAACAGCGACGUGCAAGAGAGAAGCAAGAGUCCAUGCAAGAAAAGUUGGAGGAGACUCGUGAGGAGCUCCAGAGGGUCACAGAGGCAGAGAGUGUACUGAGGAACAGCUGUACUUGUCUGGAGGAGAAACAGAGGCAGAAAAAGGAUCACAUCGAGGCGGUAGAGUUUCAAGUAAGCGAGCUGCAGGGUGAACUGGGAGAAUGCAAGAUCAGAGUGGGCACUCAGGAGAAGAUGUUGGCUCAGAAGGAGCUGCAGCUACUAGAUUUACAGGAGCAACGUGGGGCCUUACAAGCAGAAAGUGAUAGAGUGAAGAGGGAGCUACAACACCUGAAAACCCAGCACCGCAAUGCACGGAAAGAGGACCAUGAGCAAGCUCAUAGAAUGAUGGAGGCAGCAUUAAAGCAGCAAAAGAAAGAAUUGGCAUUGGCUCAUGAGCAGCAAAUCCAAAAGGUUAAUAAACAGACUAAAGAGGAAAAGGCAAACGCUUUGAAAGAACAAGCUCUGUCUCUCACACGACACAUUGAGGCCUUGAAAAGUUCCAUUCAGCUAAAAGAAGAAGAGGCAAAGAAGCUGAGGGAUUCUCUGGAGCAGCAGAAGCAGGAGGCAAAGAACCGUGAAGAAGAGCUGCAUGUAGAAGCUUUGGAAAAGGUGCACAAAGCAAUAGAGGAGGAGAGGAGGAAGUGGGAGGCAGAAAAAGUGGAAGCAGUGCAGGUGCACUGUGGGAUACUGGAAGAGCAGAAUAGAAAGAGGCUGAAAAGCAUGAGGAGUGAGAUGCAGCGAGAGAAGAGUAAAGCACUGGCUCUUCAACAUAAAAUGAUGGAACUAAAAACUAGAGUACAGGAGAUGGAGAGUGAAAGCUGUGCACAGCAGAGAGAGCAGGAGUCUUUGCUGGCUGUUAUUUGCAAAUCACUGAAAGAGGAGCAUCAGGAGAGUCAGAGGGCAGCGCUGCGGCUCGAGGAGGCUGCUCAGCUGGCAGAGAAAGAGGCUGACAGGCUCCGGGUGAUGCUUGAAGAAAGGGAGAGGAGCCAUAACCAAAUCACAGCUGAACUGGACCAGCAGCUCAGGCUCUGGGCCAAGGAGCUGGGAGCAGAGUGCCAGCAUCUACACCUCUUAGUGGAGCAGAGUGGAGCCAAACAAAGUUCUGUGCACCUAACUCCCAGUCCUACAGCAGCGGAGGCUCUAACAAACCUGAGAACACUAAGAGAGCAGUUGAAGCAAUUGAUAAACCAUCUACAACAGGAGCUUGAUUCACAGAAACAAACCACUGCGCAGCUGAGAAAAGACAAGGAGUGCGAAUUGAGCAUCCAGAGGCAACAGCUGAGGAUGAACAGAGACCAAGCCUUGGAUUCUCUAAAGGAGCGUCUCAUUCAGGAGCACAUUGAGGAGUUAAGCAGUCUGAACUGGCCUCAUAUGUGUGAUGGAGGGGCUGAGGGAGGAGGAGUGGCAGCAUCACUUCGCAAACAGCUGAAGGCCAAAGACCUGGAACUCAGGCAGGUUCAGAGGAGCAUGGGUCAGUGGAAGGAACAGACUGCAGCUCGUCUGGCAUGCAAGUUUGAAGAAGAGUUGACAGCGGAACUAGAAAGGUGCAAGACAAAGUUGUUAAGGUGCAGAAUACCAUCAAAGACUCGAGAGGAGAGUCAGAGAAAGUGUGAGAGGCCUGAAGGACAGAUGAUGUUUAGUGCAAAGGAAGCUCAGAAUUCGGUUUGCUCUCCCUCCCUCCAUGUUGUGGCCUCUGCUGCCUCCCACAGCCCCUCAGACGUGGCUUCAUUUAAGCUUCUACGUUACCUCCAGAGCAGAGUCAAGCAGCUCCGUGUAGAAAACCAGGCCUACACCCAGAGCCCAUCGCCUUCAAACACAAUCCCUUUAGAUUUGGCAGGAUCCUAUCUUACAACAAAGCACCACAAGAAACAAGACACAUCAUCCCAAACUAGCUGCUUGUCCUCGAUCACUCAAGGUCAAGCCGUUCCUGGGAUUCAGAGUCACUCAUCCAUCAGGACAGUCUCAAGUUAAGGACAUGAAACCUAUGUGUGUUGCAAACACCAGUGAUAUAAUGGAAUGCAUUUCAAGCUAUUUCCUGUGGCCAGAGAAAUGAAUCAUUUACGGUUACAUGUACUUAAGACUGCAGGUUAACGAGCAGGUCACAGUGACAAAUUACACAACCCAAGAUUUGGUCAUUAAGUUCCCAUUUUUCUGUGUUAAGGAAGUUCAGUUUUAUGGCUUCAGGUUACAGUAAACUCUGAAUAAGCGAUGAGCUGACAUUUCACCAAAGAUCAUGUGAGUUAUGUCAGAGAACCUCAUAAAGCUGACAGGUCUUUAUGGGAACCCUUUGUAUGAUCAUAAAUGUUACAAGAUGUUAAAUUGUACACAAAAACAGUUUUGUAGAUUGCUGGCAAGUUCAAACAAAAUGAUGUCGUCAGCAUUUAAUAUAAUGACUUAACCCUCCUGUUAUCCUCAAAUUUACUAACAUCUGUUAUCCUUGGGGUGAAUUUGACCUCCAGAAAAUGUUGGUAAUUAAAAAACUUUUACCAAAUAUUUAUGUUGAUAGCCUAAACUGGCAACUAGAAAAUGUUGAAUGUUAUCUUCCCUCCCUCACAGAGGAUGGGUGCGUGUGUGUGUGGGGUGGGGGUAGGGGAAUUGAAGAUUGUGAAAUUGCAACAACCUGCAUGUGAAAGUGACCUCAAUAACAGCCAAAACAAUCUCAGCAAAUUUGUGUAAAAUGUUCAUAUUUUCUAUGUAUUUUACAGCUAAAACAGCCUGGGGUCAAAUUGACCCCAAGGAACACCGAUGUGUACAAAAUGCAUACAGAACAUUGAAAAUAUAUCAUCAUGUUAAUUUUAUGUUUACCCAGUUGUCCCCAUUAAAUUAGGAAAAGUCAUUCAAUAUGAAGCAAAAAAAAAUGAUGUCAAGCACUUUUUUAGAGAUGUUAAACAUUGAAUGGGGUCAAAUUGACCCCAAGGAUAACAGGAGGGUUAAUUAACUUUGUUUUGUUUCAUCUUAAUGUAAAAUAAUCCGCUGGGACUGACUUCACAUAUUUUAAGGAUGGUUUCCCUAUAAUCACUUCUGCUAUCACACAUGCAAUCUGUUAUUUUCAAUUUGUUAGCCAUGCUCCGGUUUUACAAGGCGUUUCAGCAGGCUGGAGUAGUUGUGUUGUUGGUUCUCCCUCUGAGAUCAAAAAUGUUUAAAAAGGAGAAUGUAGGACCAGCGCCUAUUUAUAAAACUACUAUUUGCCAAAACAUAAUUGUCAGCAUAAGUCUUGUUAUCAGAGCUGGCCCCAACUGAACUGAUCAAUAAAAAUC